AUGCAGCUCAUUGCCCUCGAGCAGCUUUGCAUGCUGCUGCUCAUGUCGGAUAAUGUUGAUAGAUGCUUUGAAAGCUGCCCGCCCAGAACAUUUCUUCCAGCACUGUGCAAAAUCUUUUUAGAUGAAUGUGCACCUGAUAAUGUUUUGGAAGUCACUGCUAGAGCUAUUACCUACUAUUUGGAUGUAUCAGCUGAAUGUACGAGAAGAAUUGUAGCCAUUGAGGGAGCUGUAAAAGCUAUAUGCAGCAGAUUACUUACAGUAGACCCUAACAACCGUACUAGCAGGGAUCUUGCCGAGCAGUGUAUAAAAGUACUGGAAUUGGUAUGUACAAGAGAAGCUGGUGCUGUAUGGGAGGGAGGUGGCCUCCCUGCUGUACUACAUUUUAUUACGCAUCAUGGCACCUCUGUCCAUAAAGAUACUCUUCAUUCAGCUAUGGCUGUAGUUUCGAGAGUUUGUGGUAAAAUGGAACCGGGCAAUUCCCGUGUAGGAGAUGCGGUAUCAUCACUUUCCUCGCUGUUACGUCACAGUGAUGCUCGAGUUGCGGACGCAGCCUUGCGGUGCUUUGCGUCACUUGCCGACCGUUUUGCGCGUGCACAUGCCGAUCCUGCUCCUCUUGCCGAACAUGGUCUGAUUGAGGAACUUGUACGGCGGUUGGGAAGUGCGGAGAGUGGUGACGAUAAGUGUUCCGCUCCAUCAGUGUCAACAACAGUUAGUUUGCUCUCAACAUUAUGUAGAGGUUCUGCACAAAUUACACAUGAUCUCGUGCGUCUAGAAUUAUGUUCUGCGGUAGAGGCUGCUGUACAGGCGGACGAGCGUUGGUGCCUUGAGUGCAUGCGACUCGUGGACUUGUUACUUGUACUUUUGUGUGAGGGGCGACACGCUAUACAAAACGGUUCGAGCCGUAAUGGUGGAUCGACGUCGGGCUCCAGUGCUGGCGCUGCGAGCGGAGUAGCUAGCGGGGCGAGCGGCGAAGGGUCCAGCGGUGGUAGCGGCAGUAGCGGGCCUCGCGGAGACAAGUCGCACAGGCAGUUGAUAGACUGUAUCCGUGGGAAAGAUACCGACGCACUUCUUGCCGCCGUGUCCAGUGGUGCUGUCGAUGUUAACUUCACUGAUGAUGUCGGACAAACUCUCUUAAAUUGGGCUUCUGCUUUCGGCACACGAGAGAUGGUCGAGUUUCUUUGCGAAAAGGGCGCUGACGUGAAUCGUGGUCAACGCAGUUCAUCAUUACACUACGCUGCGUGCUUUGGACGGCCUGCAAUAGCAAAGGUACUCCUACGUUAUGGUGCCAAUGCCGAUUUAAGAGACGAGGAUGGAAAAACACCUUUAGACAAAGCUCGAGAGAGACAUGAUCAAGGCCACAGAGAAGUAGCAGCAAUUCUUCAGUGUCCCGGAGAGUGGCUGGUAGUCGGUAGUCAUGAUUCACCUUCACCCUCCAACGAUGACGAUUUUCCUGAAACCGGUGACAAGGAGAUGGCCGCGGUUUAUCUAGAGCGGCUGGUGCCGGUGUUCUGCGCGCGCUACCUGGGCGCGGGCGGCGCGGGCGUGCGGCGCGCGUGCCUGUCGCUGGUGCGCAAGAUGGUGCACUACGCGCCCGCGCGCCUGCUGCGCGCGCUGUCGGCGCGCCGCGACCCGCACACCGCCGCGCUGCUCACGCAGCUCAUCGCCGCCGUGCUCGACAACGCCGAUGACGACGACGGCCAUCUUAUUGUAAUUGGUAUUGCGGAGGAAUUGAUGGUGAAGGCUUCGGACAUAUAUUUGGAACAGUUUGCUCGACUUGGCGUGUUCAGCAAGGUAGAAAACUUGGCAGCAGCCCCAGCGGCUUUCUCUUCGGACAGCGAUAGUUCAAGCAUGCCAGGAUGUAGUGAAGACGCGUCAUGUCUUUCAAGUGGCGUGGCGUAUUCCUGGGGAGAGUGGUCCCUGUGCCGUGGCCGCGACGCCCUCUACGUGUGGAGCGAUGCGGCCGCGCUGGAGCUUAGCACAGGCAGUAAUGGCUGGUUCCGCUUCUUACUCGAUGGAAAGCUAGCCACUAUGUACUCUAGUGGCAGUCCCGAACAUCAAACUGAUAAUACUGAGAAUCGUGGUGAAUUUAUUGAUAAACUACAAAGAGCGCGAGCUUCGGUAAAAAAUUCAGUUCCUCAACCGAUUUUGUCUAAACCUGGAUCUGCUAAACUUAUAAUUGGAAACUGGGCACUGUCAUGUAAAAAGGAAAAAGAACUUCAAGUACAUAAUACAGAUGGCCAACAACAAACCACAAUACUCAGAGAAGAUUUAGCCGGUUUCAUAUUCGAGUCUAACAGGGGUACAAAACAUUCGUUUACAGCAGAAACAUUUUUAGGUCCCGAAUUAGCAAGCGGGUGGACAGACCGUAGGCCCGUAGCAACUAAUAAUACUGCUCCAAAUCAGAGUAGAUCACGACUUUCGGCGAAAACUGAGGCAUUGAAAGCGCAGGUAUGUGAACGUGCUCGUGCUUUGUACUCUCGUCACCUUGCUAAUGCCGCUACUCGUCAACCUCGUCCGCCGGUCGCAAGAUUGCGGGCUUUACUGGCUCGUAUGCAACGUCUAGCCACACAAUCUACCGAGGAUUGGCAAAACGAACUCAUUGAGUCACUGGAACAGUUGACGGAAUUACUGUGUGGAGAAGAAUUACUAUCUGCGUACGAGCUACAAUCCUCAGGCCUUGCUCCAUCUUUGUUACAAGUGCUGUCUUCACAAGCAAAUGAUGUUCCAGGCCAGGCCGCAGAGCGCGAGCGCAUCGUCCGCGAGUGGCUCUCGCGCUGCGGAGGCCGCGCGGGCGGCGUGCUGGCGUCGCGCCUCGUGGCCGUGCUCGAGAGCGUGGAGCGCCUGCCCGUGCACGCGCCCGCCGGCGACGCGCCGCCGCCCGCCGCCGGCACGCUGCAUCACCUCACCAAGAGAAUCAGACUGCGUGUUGAGCGUGCGAACGACGAUACUGCCGAAGAAACGACUGCGAAUAAUGGCAAUAACGCCGGUCGGAACCUAAAAGUAGAGGCGUUAACCACAGUGCGGCAGCUCGAAAGGUUCCUCGCCAAGUCUGUCGCUCGUCAGUGGUACGAUAUGGAGAGGUCCACAUUCAACUUUGUACAGAAAAUAAAAGCAGAAGCGCCUCUUGUGUUUAAUUACGACCACGACUUCGAUGAAAAUGGUGUUCUUUACUUCAUUGGUACUAAUGGGGGUACUUGCGAAUGGGUUAAUCCUGGCGCUCACGGACUUGUCAGCGUUUGGUCUUCUGAUGGGAGACAGUUGCCUUACGGACGGGCCGAGGACGCUCUUUCGAGGUCGCCGGAACCAUUAAACGUGCAUACAAAUGACGAUAGAAGAGCUUUUAUAGCAGUAGAUCUAGGUUUAAAUAUUGUGCCAUCGGCAUACACAUUGCGACACGCUAGAGGAUAUGGACGAUCAGCACUAAGGAACUGGCUUUUUCAAGUAUCUACCGAUGGUGUGACUUGGAAUACUUUACUGGUACACAGUGACGAGCAAGCGCUGCAAGAACCGGGCAGUACCGCUACGUGGCGCGUCCGCGCCGAUACUGCGUAUCGUUAUUUACGUAUCCAGCAAAAUGGCAAGAAUGCAAGCGGUCAGAGCCACUACUUGUCACUUUCUGGUAUGGAGAUAUAUGGCAAGGUGACUAGCGUGUGUGAGAGCGCGCCGCGGCAGUGCGGCACGGCGAGCAACUCCAACGGGAACGCGAGCACCACGCCGGGUGGCGCGCGCGCACGGCGCUGGACGCGCGGCGCGCGCGCCGUGUGCGCGGGCGCGCGCGUGCUGCGCGGGCCCGACUGGAAGUGGCGCGACCAGGACGGGCCGCACCCGGCGCUCGGCACCGUCACUUCCGACCUUCACAACGGAUGGGUGGAUGUCAGGUGGGAUCAUGGCGGGCGCAACUCAUACCGCAUGGGUGCCGAAGGAAAGUUUGAUCUAAAGGUUGUGAGCGGUGGCGCCACAAGUGGCGAGACUAAACAAGGCCGUAAGAGUCAUUCCACCCCGAGUCUUCCCGAUGCUACAGCUGUAGACCAUCAGGUUUCGGUGGCGUCUACCGAGCAAGCAUCAUCAGCUGAUAACAUAUCAGGCGAAGAAAUGGCGAGCAACAUGUCGCGGCCGAGGACCCAUGCCACUGACCUCUCGGCUAUUAAUAAUUCUACACAUCAUAUCAACACGGAUCUCGCAACAAUAGUUGAAUCACUAACUUUAGGAGCGGAGAGCAAUAAUUGUAUGAGUGAUUUGGGCAACACUUCAUUCACUAACAUGGAAAUGGGCCCAACAAGUAUCACUGAUAUCACCAAACCCUAUCCAGCCAAAGAACCACUACCGGAAGCUAACAGCCAAGAGGCUCUGUCGGAGCGGUACGGCGGGGACGCGGCCCGCAACAGCGCCAACGCGCUGCUAUCCAGCGAACUGCGCGCUCUGCCCGCCUCGCUGCUGCACUCGCUGCGGGACAAUGCCAACCGCCUGCAAAUACAGUGCGAGGACAACGAUGGAGCUGAUAGUCAAUAUGGUGACCACAAGAAGGAUAAUCAGUCCGGAGGUUCUAACACAAUGAGUGCUAGUGAACCGGACUUGACACAGCAGGGUGCCGCGCGGCUACUGGAAACGUUAGGAGUGGGACGCGGAGCAGGCGCAGGUCGCGGCAGCAAUCCACAGCGCGCCCCACGGUCUAAUCAUUCUACCAGUCUAUUCCCCAGUUUAGUGCGGUUAGCUCUAUCGAGCAAUUUUCCUGGUGGGCUGUUGUCAGCAGCUCAAAGUUAUCCAUCACUUGCUCCAAAUGCGCAAAAUGCCCUUACGCUCUCUCUAACGUCAACGUCCAGUGAAAGUGAACAGGUAUCAUUAGAAGACUUCCUGGAGUCUUGCCGUGCUCCGGCGCUUCUCACUGAACUAGAAGACGAUGACGAUGCGGAUGAUGCACUUGACAGCGAUAAGGAAAACGAACCCACGUACCAGGAGGUAGUGAGUAUGCUUUCGGUGUCACGAAAUCUCCUGUCACUAAUGGAGGAAGAAGCUUUGGAGGCUGUACGCAGUAGCACUGCAGGAGGACAGGGUCGUCAAAGAAAACCUUGGGACGACGACUUUGUACUCAAGCGACAGUUUUCUGCACUCAUACCUGCUUUUGACCCACGACCAGGCAGGACUAAUCUCAAUCAAACUGUUGAUCUCGAAAUUCCUCUAAAUGAAGCAUCAGAUGGCGAGGAUGGAAAUACCUCGGAAAACGCAACUGGGGGUGCCUCUAGUGCAAACGCUGCAAACACUGCAACUGUUGCCAAUGCUACAGUGAAUGGAAGUAAUAACAGUAAUAGUAAUGGUCGUUUGCCGGCGUUACGUUUAGUGUUGAGUGCGGCAGGCGCGUCGUUAGCACUAGAGCGCCCGUCGUGGACGCUCUACCGCGCGGUGCUGGCAUUGAAUGCGCGCUUGCCUGCUCAUGACACGCAUCGAGAUACUACUUAUACAUUGACGUACAAGGAAAUCGAGGGCAUGGAGACUUUUGCCUCGUCUAGUGAUAGCGAAGAUGACGAGCCUUGCGAUCCAGAGCGGGGGUUGGCGGGCGCGGAGGGCGCGGAAGGCGCCAUGGCCACGUGCUGCGUGCGCGUGCUGCGGCGCCUGCGCAUGGCCGCGCCGGCGCUGGCGCCCGACGCCUUCGUGUCCACGCGCCUCACCAACAAGCUGCACCAGCAGCUGCAGGAGCCGCUCACGCUGGCUGCCGCCGCCACGCCGCUCUGGUGCCAGCAAUUAAACGAUUGGUGUCCAUUCCUAUUUCCCCUGGAGACACGCCAGAUGUUCUUCGCGUGCACCGCAUUCGGCACGUCUCGUACGAUCGUCUGGUUACAAGCUCAAAGAGAUCGUGCACUCGACAGGCAAAGGUCUGGUAACACAGUAUCGCCUAGGCGUGCGGAGUUAGAAGCCACUGAGUUCCGAAUGGGACGCUUACGUCACGAGCGGGUGAGGAUACCUCGCCAACCCAACUUGUUGCAUUCUGCUAUGCAGGUAAUGCAUGUCCAUGCUGGUCGUAAAUCAGUCCUGGAGGUAGAAUUCGCCGGGGAGGAAGGCACGGGCCUGGGCCCGACGCUGGAGUUUUACGCGCUGGUGGCAGCUGAACUGCAGCGCGCUGAUCUCUACAUGUGGCUCAACGAUCACGCGACACAAGUCAAUGACGACGACAACGCGCCGCAUCACCUUGCACUACCUUCGGAGAAGCCUCCAGGUUACUACGUGACACGUGCCGGUGGCUUAUUCCCGGCGCCUCUACCUCAGGACUCCCCCAUCUGUGAUAAAGUCUGCAAAUAUUUCUGGUUCCUGGGUGUAUUCUUGGCUAAGGUAUUACAAGAUGGCCGACUGGUCGAUCUACCGCUGUCGGAGCCUUUCUUACGCAUUAUGUGUGGUGAAGAACUAACUAAUGAUUGCCUCGUAGAAAUCGAUCCUAUUAGACAUAGAUUCCUACAAAACGUGUUGACGGCGGCGGAAGAAUACGAAAAGUUAUCGCGCGAUUCCAAUUUAGAUUCGGAAACUCGAGACCGACUCGCGAACGAGCUGACGGUGGAGGGCGCCAGCUUCGAACAGUUAGCGCUCACCAUGACGCACGUGGCCGCCCACCCGGACGUCGCCGUGGCCGUUCAACCGCUGUGCGACAGCGGCGAGAAUAUCGAGGUAAGCGGGCACAACGCUCGCGCGUACGCCGAGGCGAGCGCGCGCUGGAUGGUGCGCGAGGGCGUGCGGCGCCAGACCGGCGCGUUCCGGCGCGGCUUCGGCGCCGUGUUCCCGCCGCGCCGCCUGCGCGCCUUCUCCGCCGCCGAGCUGCGCCUGCUGCUGUGCGGCGAGCGCGGGCCCGUGUGGACGCGCGACCACCUGCUGCAGUACACCGAGCCCAAGCUCGGCUACACGCGCGACAGUCCCGGAUUCCUUCGACUUGUAGACGUGCUAGUCGAGAUGUCUCUUCGGGAACGAAAGGCCUUCCUACAAUUCGCAACCGGUUGUAGCAGUCUACCCCCCGGAGGCUUGGCGAAUCUGCAUCCUAGGCUCACUGUAGUGCGAAAGGUCGACGCCGGAGAUGGUUCAUAUCCAUCUGUAAAUACGUGUGUUCACUACUUAAAACUGCCAGAAUAUUCGUGCAAAGAAGUUUUGCGAGAAAGGCUACUAGCUGCGACCAACGAACGCGGAUUCCAUCUCAACUAA